AUGGACCGUUGUGUAGUUUUCUUCUUUUUAGUGUUUUCCGUGGUGUUGUGUGAAGAAUGUGUAAUUUUCGAUUUCGAAAGUGACAUUGAGGAUUCUUUUAAUCAUAAUGAAGACGAUUGUCCUAACUUAAAGAUGUGGAAUAUGGGUAAUUAUGGCGAUAUAGAAUUGGAUUCACCGAACCCAAAAUCAACGCAGUAUAUUUAUCCCGAUGUAAUGCCAACUUGUGCUGUAUCCAGGCAUAUACCUAUGGAGGAAAGUGGAAUACUGGAAUUAAAUUUUUACUUUGAUCCCAAAUCUUUAGGUGAUCAUUUAUCAGUAACAGUUAAAGCGAUUGACAGCAUUAACACUACUGUAGGAACUUUAUUCACUAUCGCAUCUCAGAACCCACAGAUUGGAUGGCGUAGUGAAAGAAUACGGGUUACCGGAACUGGCAAAUACUUGGGCUUUGUAAGUAAUAAGUGA